AUGUCUAAUGAGGAUGGUCCUAUUCCGAACGCAAUAGUGGAGGAGCCUCAGGUAUCGCGCGUGGGAGUGCGCGUCCCACCUUUUUGGCCUGCGGACCCUACUGUAUGGUUCGCGCAACUGGAGAGUCAGUUUAUCCUCUCUAGGGUGGUCACCGACGAAACCAAAUUCCAUUAUGUAGUUUCACAGCUCGACACACAAUGCGCAAUGGAAGUGAAGGACGUCAUUAAAAAUCCUCCAGCAUCGGGCAAAUACGAGAAAAUAAAGACUGAACUUAUUAAACGAUUAUGUGCAUCGCAGGAAAAGCGUUUGAAGCAGCUGCUGGAGCGAGAGGAGCUAGGAGACCGGAAGCCCUCGCAGUUCCUGCGCCACCUAGAGGGUCUAGCAGGUGCAGACGUGCCCAGCCAGUUCAUGAAGACUAUCUGGACCAGCAGGUUGUUCUGCCGAACUGUUUUAGCCUCUAGGAGGGACGAGCCACUGGAGUACCUGGCUGAUUUGGCUGAUUCUGUCUACGACAUCGCUGCACCAUCUCCUCAAGUCGCUAGUACAUCAUCCUCAGGUGCUGAUCGGUUUGACGAGAUGACUAAGCAGAUAAGCGAACUCACUAGGCAAGUAGCUUCACUUACCUCUCACAUGUCUAGGAAAGGGCAUCCCGGACGCAGUCGUUCCAAGUCACAGCGAAGCGAUCGCUCACGCAGUCGCUCGAGACCACAGCAGCCACCUCCGAAUCAUCCUCACUGCUUCUAUCACUUCACAUACGGAGCUAAAGCGAAGAAAUGUAAGCAACCUUGUACCUUCACGUCGGGAAACGCACAGGGCGGUCGGAAGUAG